UAAACCAUGUGAGAGAUUUCGAUUCCGGGUCCACACAAUUUAAAUUUGUGGGGAACGCUGUAAAUCAAAACCCAAAAAUCCGGCCAUAUGGGAUCCGAUUUGGAGGCUUGAGUAUAUGUGGGGCCCAGACGGCUAGCCCCCCAAAAUUCCAUGAGAAAGAGAAACCGUCCGUCCCCAGCCCAAAUCCUGAGAAUGAUGGCGGCGGCUGCGCAGCUGACAUCCGGAGCGGUGGCGGCGAUCGCGGAGCACGCCGACGGCAUGGGGGCGCUGGAGCCGGUGCUGCAGGUGGUGGACGUGCAGGCGGUAGUAGGGUCCACCUCCUCCGCACGCUUCCGGUUGGUGCUCUCCGACGGCGUCUACACGCUGCAGUCCAUGCUCGGCACCGCCGAUGACGCGCCCGUCCGGGACGGCUCCAUCCGGAAGGGCUCAAUCAUCCGCCUCCGCGAGUUCACCUGCAGCACCAUCCAGAGCCGCAGGGUCAUUGUCGUUCUCCAACACGAUAUUCUGCAGCGUGAGCACGACAUAAUUGGAAACUCUAAACCCUUUGAGAUGAAAAAUGUACCCAAGGAGCAGUGUCCAGGAACAACCUCUGUUAAUCAAGGCAUGCUAGCAGAAAUUCCAUGGAAAACGGUUGCAGAAAUCAGAAAUUCCUUGGGAUACCUGGUUAAGCCAGAGCUGUUCACUGUUAAAGCUAUUCUCUCAGUUAUGAACAGCGAGAGUUUGUGUUAUGCAGCAUGCCCAUUGGUGGUGAAUGGUUAUCAAUGCAACGGGGCAAUCACUAGCAAUGGAUAUGAGUGGUGGAACUGCGACGAAUGCAGCAUGACCUUUGCAGCUUGUGAUUAUAGGUACAAGAUCUUCGUUCAGCUAGCGGAUUCAACAGGUGAGAUUUAUGCUACUACCUCGCAAGCUGUUGGGGAGGAGAUAUUUGGUCAGACAGCAAGGGAGCUGUACUUAGUGAAAUAUGAAAAGCAAGAUCAUGCCCAGUAUAACAAGAUCGUGAUGGGUGUUCAGAACUGUGAAUAUCUACUGGAGGUAAAACUGAACCUGGAGGCAUUCAGUGAUGAAAGUGAAACCCUUCCAAUGUUCAUCAUUGUCAAGGUUGAAUCCCUGAAUCCAUCAGCUGAAAAUCGUCCUCUUGUGCGCCGCACCUCUGUGGGCAUGAGAACUGGUUUCUCAGAUUUGGAAACUGGUUUUUCAGAUUCGGAAGCCCGGCUACGGCAGGGCGUGCGGAACUUCAGCACUGGUAAUGCUAUCAAUGCUGCUGGUGUGCGUGUGCCGUAUCUGCUAUCAGAAGAGACAAAAAGCAACAGCCUGUAGGAGGGAAGAGGGCUUCAAUUGAAGCUGUUCAUUGGCCCCUCAGAAUGUGAUGAGGCAGGGUACUGAACUAGAGACUGCACACGUGCACAGGGCAAUCCUACGUACGCUCGAUUGGAGGCAGUUGUUUAUGUGGGGUUAACAUUUUUGUGUGAUCCAGGGCAGGGUGUCUCAAACACUAAAUGUGCGCUAGUUGCAUGAACAAUCCAAUCUGUGUCAUGUACUCGUGUGUGUGUCGUCAGGACAAUGCAUUGGCUAGUAUUCUACUCGGCAUUAUUGCUGGUGCCAAGCUCUCUUUGGGGCCAUGGAUUACCUGAUAUCAUGCUAAGUCCUCAAAUGGAAUGAUAUUGUUGCAAGUCUCCGUUUAACGUAAUGUAACGAUUACAUCAUGUGUCAUUUA